AUGACCACCCUCUCUCCUGAAAACAGCCUCUCUGCCAGGCAGUCAGCCUCCUUCAUCCUGGUGAAGAGAAAACCGGCCAUUGACAAGACAGAAUGGGAUAGCUUCUUUGAUGAGAAUGGUCACUUGGCCAAGUCACGGGACUUCAUUUGUGUGAACAUCCUGGAAAGGGGUCUGCACCCCUUCGUGAGGACGGAAGCCUGGAAGUUUCUCACGGGCUACUACUCAUGGCAGAGUUCCCAGGAUGAGCGGCUGACGGUGGACAGCAUGAGGAGGAAGAACUAUGAGGCCUUAUGCCAGAUGUAUGAGAAGAUUCAGCCCCUUCUGGAAAACCUGCAUCGGAACUUUAUAGAGACUCGGAAUAACAUCGUGUAUGACAUCCAGAAACUCUAUGACAAAGACCCCCUGGGCAACGUUCUCAUCAACAAGAAGAGACUGGAGAAGAUCCUGCUUCUAAGUUAUGUCUGCAACACACAGGCAGAGUAUCAGCAGGGCUUCCACGAGAUGGUGAUGCUUUUCCAGCUGAUGGUGGAGCACGACCAUGAGACCUUCUGGCUUUUCCAGUUCUUCCUGCAGAAAACGGAGCACAGCUGUGUCAUCAACAUUGGAGUGGGUAAGAACCUAGACAUGCUCAACAGCCUCAUCACCUUCCUGGACCCCGUGUUUGCUAAACACCUAAAAGGGAAGGGUGCAGGGGUGGUGCAGUCCCUGUUUCCCUGGUUCUGCCUCUGCUUCCAGCAUGCCUUCAAGUCCUUCGACGACGUCUGGAGGCUCUGGGAGGUUCUGCUGACAGGCAAGCCCUGCAGGAACUUCCAGGUGCUGGUGGCCUACAGCAUGCUGCAGAUGGUGCGUGAGCAGGUGCUGCUAGAAAGCAUGAGCGGGGAUGAUAUCCUCCUGGCCUGCAACAACCUCAUCGACCUUGAUGCCGAUGAACUGAUCUCUGCUGCCUGCGUGGUUUAUGCUGAGCUCAUCCAAAAGAAUGUUCCUCAGGCUUUAAAGGAUUUCUUUCUCUGA